AUGGCCGGUGAGAGUUUUAGUCAAAAAACAUUAUAUUACACUGGAAUUACAAUAAGAGAAGAAAUAAAAGAUCUGGAAGACAUUUUAAAUGAUUUAUUUCGUUGUAAAGUAACGUGCAAAAAUACAGAGAUAGACAUGGUACAAUUGAGCUAUUUUCUCCGCUUCCAUAAUUUGAUGGUACACUUUGGCUCGACUGUUGAGAGUGAACCGGUCCUGGAACAGAGCCAGUUUAGUGGAAACCUUGUCUAG